GAUAUGGAGCUGAAUGGCGUAGAAAAGGCAUCAUAAAAAGAGAAUAAAUAGGCGAAAAAAAUCAUAAAAAUGGAGCAGGAAUUCGCAAGAACAAUCACAUCUACAAGAUGGACAGAAGAUGCUGCAUUUGGAGGACAAGAUCCACCAUUUGGGCGUGCUUUAGACUUUCAACAACGAAAGAAAUGGAUCGACCUUGUCAUUAAAGAACUCAAAGAUAAUCUGAAACUGUUUUUCUCCGUUCUGAUCGGUGUUCAAAAUUUACGUAGUAGACAACAGCAAGCUGAACUAUGGGGCGAAAUCACUGAGUUAUUGAAAUUGGAUGCAAAUGACAUGGUUGAAGGACUGAAGCGAAUUUACCAAAAGCGUAAACUGUCUACAUAUGAGAUUCCAGAAAAGUAUGAUCACAUUCUGCAAGCAGUUCGAAACCUUGGUGACAAACUGCCGAUCGAGAAAGAACUACUCUUGCCCUUCAAACGACAAUCUCAUUCAGAAGAUAAGCUAGAAUGGAUCACGGCCAUCCUAGCGAACAGAGCAAGAAUGCGGAAUCUGAAGAAACGAAUCCACUUGAUGCAUGCCGCUAUCGAGGAAACCAAUCUGGAGAAUUUCGCGUUGACCGACCGAAGUCGUCGGGAAGUUGGGGAGAUCAUUGAGGAGUCCGAACUGAAGCUUACGGAUGCUAAACUAGCGGAUGACGUUGCGUUCGCACAGCUUCAGAAACAGUCAGCCAAGAAAAAUCUAGACUUGGAUCAAAACAACGAGUAUCGGGAUUUGUGCGACGAACACAACCAGAAGCGCCGAAAGAUAACGAAACUCACGGUACAGUUGCAACUGUGGAUGAAAAAGUACGACAAGUUCGUCGGCGAACCAAUGAAGGAAAUAAAGGUGCUGGAGGAUGAAGUCGAUCAGUUUAUGGAAUGGACGGAGACAGUCUACGAGCCGGAGAUGGAGAAAUACAACCAGCUGAAGGUUAGCGUCGAAAUGUUUGAAAUGGAGCGGUUUGAAGAACAAGUUGAGAUGUUCAAGAAGGAGCACGCAGCUCGUGUUAUACAGAGGGCAUGGAGAGCGGCGCAAGAGAAACGCAAGAGCAAGAAGUCGAAGAAGAAAAAGGGGAAGAAAGGAACGAAGGGAAAGAGUAAAAAAUAAGCAGUUCGUUCUUGUAGGGUAUGUAGCAAGCGAGUUCAACGCAAUGUGACUUAAUAUAAUAAAGAAGUUGUAAAGGACUUUCAUACGUUGUAGUAGAGUUUUCGAAAUCCUUAGAACAUACAGACCCUUAGCUGCAGGGAUCCACACAGAGGAGAUAUUUAUACAUUUGUUUGACUUUGCACAGAUUGAGCUUAAGUUGAGAGGAUUAGAAACUAGAAGUUUUCAUUAUCCUACAGUCACUUCUAUCGCUUGUUUCAUACAUGCAAUAAUAGCAGUGCUUUCCACUCUUUCGCCAUCGGAU